AGAGGAAAUAGAGAACCAAGAAGAGGCUGAGAAGGAGAUAGAGAACCAGGAAGAGGUUGAGAAGGAAAUAGAGAACCAAGAAGAAGGUGAAGAAAAGAUAGAGAACCAAGAAGAGACUGAGAAGGAUCUAAAGAACCAAGAAGAGGCUGAGGAGGAAUUAGAGAACCAGGAAGAGGCUGAGAAGGAAAUAGAGAACCAGGAAGAGGCUGAGGAGGAAAUAGAGAACCAGGAAGAGGAGGCUGAGAAGGAGAUAGAGAACCAAGAAGAGGCUGAGAAGGAGAUAGAGAACCAAGAAGAGACUGAGAAGGAGAUAGAGAACCAAGAAGAGGCUGAGGAAGAGAUAAAAACCCUGGAAAACACUGGAGAAGGACUUGAGGAGGAGGAGGAAGAGGAAAGCAGAGAAUUACCAAAGUCACCAGUUCUGGGUAGAAAGCCUAUUAAACUAUACAUUAUGACCAGCAAAACAGAGGGUAGAAGUCCUGUUACCUCUCGUACUGAAGAAGAUAAGGUAGCUGCUGUGAAAAGGGAAGAGAUCGAGAGAUGCUUUGGUUUUAACAGUGACGACAGUAUGCAGUCGAAUAAUUCUAACGAGGAGGACACCCAGAGUAGGGAAAGGUAUGUCAGAUCAGGUGGUGAUAAAGUGUCCAUAAGAUUAGAUGGUGAUAAAGUGUCUAUGAGAUCGGGUGGUGAUAAAGUGUCCAUAAGAUUAGAUGGUGAUAAAGUGUCUAUGACAUCAGAUGGUGAUAAAGUGUCUGUGAGAUCAGGUGGUGAUAAAGUGUCCAUAAGAUCAGGUGGUGAUAAAGAGUCUGUAAGAUCAGGUGGUGUUAAAGAGUUUAUAAGAUCAGGUGGUGAUAAAGAGUCUGUAAGAUCAGAUGGUGAUAAAGAGUCUGUAAGAUCAGGUGGUGUUAAAGAGUCUAUAAGAUCAGGUGGUGAUAAAGAGUCUGUAAGAUCAGGUGGUGAUAAAGUGUCUAUGAGAUCAGGUGGUGAUAAAGAGUCUGUAAGAUCAGGUGGUGUUAAAGAGUCUGUAAGAUCAGGUGGUGUUAAAGAGUCUAUAAGAUCAGAUGGUGAUAAAGAGUCUAUAAGAUCAGGUGGUGACAAAAAGGGAGAGUAUAUAAGCUCUGGUGUUCAUAAUAAGGAAGAAGAGAACAUGAAUUUGGCUUGUGAACGUAGUGAACAGGACAAAAUUUUUAGGUCCCAAAGUCCUGCGAUUGAUGAUAUGUUUUGUUGUAAGGAUGUUGAGACAGAGGGUGAUUUACAUGUUACUCCCGUUGCCAGUACUAGUAGCAGUGCCUCUCAUUGCGAGGUUGGUCAGCCGUCAAGAGAUUUGGAGCAGACGUGGAAAGGGGGUCACAUUUCCGUAGCCUCGGGUCAUAGAGGUGAAACAAAACCUCACACUGCAGUACAAGACAAAACUGAUUCAGAUCAUAAAGAUGUGGAGUGCAUAGAUAUUUUGAGUGAUGCUGCUGAUGAUGAUGAAGAUGAUGAUGAAGAAGAAACUUCUGUUGCCUCAAAAAAAGCAACCGACUCAGAUCUAUUAUAUCUUCGCUUAAAGAACUUACCAGGAAAAAAUGUUCCCACUGUGUGUCAAAAGUGUCGGAAUAUCUGGAAUGACAGAGUUUUGAACAUAAUCUCACUUGGCACUGAGUCUGUUACUGUCAACUCAAGGAUUACCUAUGGAGCUAUCAUCUGCAUCAACAACUGGGCUGAGUCACAUUUCUCAAGUGGGAAGGAAGAGGCAGUCAGGAGCUUAUUAGAUAGGGCAGAUCUGGGAAAAAAUAUUGGAUCUUUAAAGAUAAGUGAAGUUAAUCACUGGCUUGGCAACAUCAUGAAGUCCGGUAAGAUUAAGUGCUGUCAUGUAUUUACUGCUGUUUACAAACCAGAUUCCACUAAAGAAUUUCUCUCAAAUUUGAUUGGUGCAGAUGUAACCUCUGAUGUAGUGCCAGUAAGAAAUAACAAAAGAGAUGCUCCUGUGACUCAUGAGGAGGAGAUUCCUGCCAAGAAAAGAAUAAGUGAGGUGAAGAAGAAAACUAAAACAAAAAAUCUGAACAAAAUACUGAGGAAGCCUCUAAAGAGUACUGGUACCUUAUCUUCAUCCCAAAAAGUUCAACCUUCCUGUUCAAAAUAUAUACCAACUGUAAGUGAGGACGUAGAACCUGCCUCAGAGAAGAUCAUGCUGUCGGGUGCCUGGGACACACCCAUGUUUGCAGAAACUAUAACAAUGCCAGAAGUAUCAAAAGAAGUUGAGGCUGUUUCUUUAGAGACAAAAAAGAGUUCUUCUGAAAGUGGUCCUGCUCUUGUCUCAGAGAGUCCAGUGGAGACCCCACCAAAAGAAACUGUACGGCCUGUUAUUCAAUCUCCUAAAAUGAAUGAGUCAGAUCUCCCAGAGGAGUGUACACCGUCUACCUCUGAAAAAAGUGUGCCAUUGUUAUCAAAGGAAACCACUCCGUCUAUCUCCAAGAGAAAUAAAUUAUCGCUUUCAAAUAAUAAGUUACAAUUAAAAUUACCGAGACAUGUACCACCCAGUACCAAGACAACGGCUUUGCCUGUAUCUGAAACGGCAACUUUGUCUGUAUCUAAGAAUGUCACAUCACCUCUUUCUGAGAAUCAAACAUCACAUGAGCCAGAGAAAGAUAAAUCAAAUACCUUAAGCACCACUGAAACAUCAACUACAGAAAACAUGGAAACCAUCCAACCUGCUUGUGAGACAACCUCUACAACAGCCUUAACAGAGAAUACUGUAACUACUCCAAUAAAACGUACAUCGAAAUUGAAAUGUCAUAUACCAAAGAUUAAAACUUUAAAACCUUCAACAUCUGAAAAUAAUAGAGAAUUAGGAGCCUCCACCAGACAGACAAGGUCUUCAACUUCCUCCUCACAGCAGCCACCCUUGUCUCAGGAUGCCUCUGAUUCAUUUCCGAGCAUUUCGUCACAGCAGGAUGCAGUUGCUGCUGCAGUUUCAACAGUAGAGGCUGACAACUUAACUAAGGAAAGUUUAGUAACAUCCCAUGAAAGCAUAUUAAGCAAUGAUGAUAAAAUUCUUACUACGGAUACUAAUAAACCAGCCCAAGCAGUCAGUCAGCAGGUGGUGCCUUCAACUAUAUCUCCGCAACACUCUUUGAUCGAGUCACAAAAUUCUACCAAAACAAUAGUUGAUACGGCCGACGAAAAUUCCAUAUCAUCUGAUACUGAUAUUGGUGGUGAAGGUGAGGAAGAUAAGUCUGUUCCCAGUGAGGAGAAUACUGGUAAUAAUUUAUGUGCUGUUUUAGGGUUGAAUGUUAAUACCCUAGAUACCUACUGUUCUAGCACAGAUAUGAAAACUAUCACAAAUGGAGGUAUGGUAAAACAUCCUUCCAAGAAAUACAAAUAUAGUUUUUCCCACUAUGAAAUGCUGAAGGAGAGAUCAGCUUUGUGUGGGUUAGCCAGAGAAGCUUUUGACCUCUUGCCAUUCGAGUCGGACAAUUGCCGUCCACUGACCCCAGGUACAAGAGGUAGAAGACGCUUUUUAACAAACAGAGAAUUGUUAAUGCUUCAGAACAUUUGUAUCUUAAAUCCUGAGUCUCCAGAUGUUGACUUGCUAUUCCGUAUUUUAAUCCAAAUACUCUUGACCCGUAAAAGAGUGUUGUUAGUUCCCAAUAGUCUUACCCUUCUUCUUGUGGCUGAGAAUUUAAGAAGGGACUUUAACCGUGCCAAAAGUAAGGGAACAUAUUCUAUCUUUCUGUCUCAGGAUUGGGAUCCAAGUAAUAUUUAUACAGCAGAGGACUUGUGGCUGUCUAAACUUGAGCUCACGGAGGGACCUACAAUUCGCAAUAUUAUCUCGGUGUUUUGCUUGUGGAAAAAUCUAGAACAGCACCUUCCUAAUGUUUCUUUACCAGAAGCUGUGGAGGAGCUGUGUAGAAAUAUUAACCUACGUGCUACUGACAAGACACAGUUCUGUAUAAAACUGUAUACAAGAUUUUGUAGUUAUUUGUAUGAAGAGAAAAACAGAAUUUUGGCAGAGUUCUUCCUCAACCAACCACUUACUGAGUCUAACCCUCCCAAGUCAAGAAAGCAAUUGAUAAAUGCUAUGAUGGCAUCUUUAGAUAUGACAGACUUGUCAUCUGCUGGGAGUUUGAAUGGUGCAGAGAAAGAGGUUCAGAGUGCUGAACAAAAAUGUGUAACAGCAGAGAAGGCAGCACUUCAGUCUCCUGAUUUCCAGAAAAAGGAAGAACUUCGUGUUAAUUUGACCAUUUUCAAAGAGAAGCUCAGUAAGUACAAGGAAAUGAAUGAUAUGAUGUUAAAAAGAAUCAAACUUGCUGAAAAUAGAAAACAAGAAAUUGUUAAUAAGUUUGUGGAUUCCAAGUCAAAGAAACUAGUACAAAAGUUGAGUGAAACAAGAAGAGCUAUUCAUCAGUCCCUUGCCAAGAGGAAAGGUGAUGGUAGUAUGGAGAAUGUGGAAAAUAGUAAGAAAGCAUUGAAAGUGGAUUACACCAAGAAUAUUCGAUCUUCUACUGAAAUUUGUUCAAGGGAGAGGUUUAGUAGUGUAGCUGCUAGUAUAGAUCUAGGAGAGGAUGUUCCACAGACAGUCAGGGAAGGAAUUUAUGAGCUCUUAGCCAAUGGGGUGGAUGUGAAUCAAGUGAGGACAGUUGUCCACACCAUCUUGACCAAAGUGGGGGGUGAGGAGUCUCCUGCCCUGCCAAGUGUUUCAUGGAUAAGAAAUUUUGCGCGCCUGAAUGGUUUUAUGAUAAAAUAAGGAUGAGAAUAAUGUCAAUUAGUGUGCAAAAAACUAUAUAUGGAACUACUGUAUCAUCGAAACAUGAUGUGUACUGGUAUUGUAGAUUAUAAAGACUUGUAAAAAAUUUACUUUUUUGAAUGGAAACUGUGUACUGUAAUACUGUACUAGGAAGUUAAAUUGACAAAAUUGAAAAUGUUUGUUUGGGAAGAGUUAUUUGUUGUUAUUAUUAAGAUAUAUGAGUAUUCUGUACAGGAGAUAGAAGGGUUUGUGAAAAUACCCGGUACUGUAAAAAUUUUAAGUACCCUGUACAAAACAAAAUUCUGAAUUAACUCUUGAUGAAAAUAUUUACAACUAAAACACUUACCUAGUCAAGCACUUGAUCAGAAUAAACAUUGAUUAAUUAUGUAUCUGUCUAUUAAAGUGUUUAAAUCUUUUUCCUGACUAGUUCAAUUGUUCAGGUUAUGUAUAAUGUACACCAUAAUUUAAAUACCAAUACCUAUGUCAAUUGGUCAUAGAGUUGCUCAUAUUGACUAAGAACAUUAAGAUUAUGAGACGUUCAUAGAUGUUUAAUUGUGUUUUCAUAUUUUGUAAUUGAUCAUGGUUCUUGAUGACUAAAUAAGUGUCUUAAUUAGUGUUGGGAAACUUUUUAUAUCAUUACUAGGUUCUAUUUUUUAUGAUUAAUAUUUUAGCACAUUAGUGAGUCUGUAAUGUAGUUUAUCUUGUAAAUGUGUUUCUAUGAAGUUUUGUUUUAAAUUAUAAAGGAUCUCAGUAAUUAUGUAAGGUUUUAAAUGCUGAGGAUAUUCCACCUUUAUAAGUACUGUAGUAUCCUAUUUUAUAAAUAGAUUUACUCUACUGUAUACUGUACAUACAUUUAUUUUGUAUAUCAUAACUAUUAAGAGUUAUAAGGUCAGUACAGUCCAGUACAGUAUAGGGUAUACUGUAUAAUAUAUUUCAAGUGUAAAUUUUGCAGUUUUCCAUAUACCUGUACUGUUUAGAUACAUUGUGUAAACUUUAUUUAAUGGACAAAAUUUGCAUUUAAGGAUAUUCGUCCUUUUAAACUCGAUACUGUACUUGGUAAAUAAAUAUUGAUAUUGGA